AGCCCCUCACCAAGAUGGCGGCGGAGGCUCGGACGUGGCAGUGCCUGGGCGGCCGUGUGCGCACGCGCGCGGUGCGACCCUUGCCGGGGACGAUGGGCAAGAGGCGAGAGGGGCUGAGUGUGGCCCGCGAGAUUGAUGGACUGGAGGAGAAGCUGGCACGCUGCAGACAAAGCGUGGAGGAGGUGGAUCUUAAACUGCGCAGGGAGAAGCUCAGCCCUGAAGGAAGAAAGUCACUGGAGAGAGAGAGAAACUUACUAAUGACCAAAGCUGACAACUAUGAGAAAGAACUCAGUGUGCUUCACAAGGAAAACCGCAAGAAUGCUGCCCUUGCUGUGGCCGUGGGGUUGCUGAUUGCUCUUAUUUACGCCUGCUGGACGAUGUGAUUGCACUCAGGGAUUCUCCCUGCUGACCAAAUGACUCUCCUGCAAAGAACUCUUCCUCCUCUCACCCCUGUGCCUCCCCCAAGAGUGAGAAUCAGCAUUCCAAAUGGCAGGGUUUGUUUAUCUUCUCCAAGCCUCAUUGCAGGAAAGCUUUUCCCUCUGAGAACUGAUGGGCGACAGGAGACAAACCAGAAAUCACAGCAUACUUGCAGCUAGAAAUCCGGUCAAGCAGUGUUCAAGGUGGUGCUAUCUAACCCAAAACGCAGUCAAGACCAUCCAGCCUGAUGCAAGAAGGCAACACAUUCACACAUUUGAAGAGGUCCUCUAUGGUUGUAGGCAAGUGCUCUCUGCCCAGGCCAGUCAAAAUACAUGCCACCUUCUCAGUUCCUGCGACUCAGCCAUAAGCUGAAGGGAGACCAAGCUCUUUGAAUGAAAGGGUAACGGGUAUUGUGACCUAAAUACUCCAUGUGUUCCCAGAGCUGAGCUAAACAAAGACGUUUCCUCCUCCACACUGACGGGACUCCUACCUCCACAAAACCAGAUGGCAGGUAGCAUCCAGCUCGAGAUCUGGGUGCUUGAGUUUUGAGAUCUACCUACCUCUCCAGUGCAUCAGAGCUCGGUAGCCAUUUCGUGCCUCUGAGAAUCAACACUUGCAGAAGAGAAUUUACUAUCAGCUCCCAGGGAUGGAACUGCCUCUGCAGGGCUUUAAAUAAAAUAAUUUGACCUUGUAACUUCCUGCCUUUCCUUUUCUCCUGUUUUGUAACAUGCCUCUCACUUACUGCUUUAUUCUCAUCCUACCAUCUCCCCGCUGGCACACACUGCACCACAGUAAGAUGAGACUGGGUUAGGCGCUUAACAUCCCUGCUCGGCAAGAUAUCAACAAUGGGUUAUUGGUCUGUUGCGGCCUGGAAUCAAUACUUGGGUGUUUGCUUCCUUUAAGUGGAAAAGCAGCCUGGCACGCUGCAGAGGAGUGCUGGAGGUUGUUCUGUGUAGUCCCCUCUCAUUCUGAUGCAGUGACAUACACUAGGUAGCCCACGGCAUGCUCUAACUUGCCAGGAAAGCCUUUAAGAAGGGACUGCCUUGAAAAUUUAACAUGCAAGGUAUUUGUCCGUCUCCACACGAAUAUUCUACUGGCCAGAAUUUUGUGGGAAGUAAAGCAAGCUGAAGAGUAAUAGAGACAAUGAAAACAGAGAAGUCAACACAAAAUGAUACACAGCCUAAUAACAAUACAUUGUGCAAUUAAUUUACAUAAUCAUUCCCUUCAGCAAGACCUUCCUCACCCUCCUUCCCAACAUAAUCCCUCCAUAUUUGCCCUGCAGCAGGGAAGCAAGUAGCAUGGUGGCUCAUGCUUGCCUUCUUGUAGGGGGAUUCAGAAUCAAGGUUCAGUGCAUCAAAAAUAAAAUUAAAAAUAAAAGCAAAUUAAAAUCAAGAGGAGCUGGAGGCAACUGGGUAAACAGUAUCUGUUCAUAAAAGCUAGUCUGCAGGCUAGCCAGAUUUUCAUUGCAUCCUCAGAGGCCUACAGUCACCCUAAUGUAAUUCCUAGUCACCCUCCUGUCUGCAAGUCUGUAGGAGACCAAAGCCCUGAGUGGAGGACACAACACUUAGCAAAGGAGCCUGGCAAAGGGAGCAGCAUGCUUUGCUGGCACUGGAACAGCCUCAAAGCAGUACAAAGCAGCACCAGAACUCAAAGUACUGGUUGGUUUAAAAAGCCAACUGCACACAGGCCUGAAAACCUUGGGAGGUUCUUUAUUGCCCACUGUGGGAGAUUCCUCCUCAUGGAAAUGCCUUUGCCAAAACAAAACUGCCAGUGACAAGCCUCUUGUUCUUUGGCAGGGAAGGGCCACCGUUUCUUUCACGUGUGUUUUAGCAAUGCUUGAGAGCAGCGGGGGCCUAAGGUCAGCAAGUGGAUGCAUUAGCAGCAUGCCAUCCCUCAUCUGCUUUGGUACGCUGUGUCUGGGUACUAACCCCAUGGCUUCUGGCCAGAGCUUGAGAAGAAACAGAGUAGCUCCCCUGCACAAUAUUCAGAGCUACCUAUUUGUAAGGUAACUUCCCAUCCACUCCCAAGCUCUGUCUCCUCCAUUUUCCAUUGACCAACAGACCAUCCCAACUUCUGUGCUGCUCUUUUACCCAGAAGUGUGGUUCUGCAGAGGUUAAGCCUGCAUAUAAUUUUCUCUGGUGCAAGGAACUGCAGCUGUUAAGUUCAGUUACACCAAACUGAAUUUAUACAUGGUUAUAGGGAGACAAUUUGUUUGUGAAGACAUGGAAGUGCUCCAGGCUCAAAGACCACAGCCGACCUGUAGGAUGGCAUUCAUUUGUGUGCUGAGAAUGAACACAAAGCCUACGCAUGAUGCUGGGCCUUAGAGGGUGGAGGUGGGACUUCUACAACAUGCCAUGCUUGUUCUGGCCUCUGGGUGGGGUGCAGGGCAUCCAUGCACCUAUAACACCCACAAGUGAAAAUUCCCAUGUCUUGCUACAUAAAGCUUGUUGAAAUUGUACAUGUGGGUGUGGAGAGAAAGAAACAUGAAUCUAAACAACUGCUAUAGAUUCUAGGAGAACUAUAGCUUUCUUUAAGGCACAGUUCAGACAACCCCUAAAUCAGUUUCCUCCCUACUGCCAAUCUGUGUUUAAAAACAAGUCAAGAAUGAGAAAAAGGGCAAUUUUGCUGCUUGGCCAAAAGCAGUCAACUGUGUGAUAUCUUCUGUGUGGAAGACCUGGCAAAAGUGCCACAGAGGCCAGAAGUGGAAGUAAAACAUGCAACAGAGGACAACUUUGAGGCAAGCACAGAAGUGCACGGAGAAGUCUGCUGACGAACAAAUACCAUGCGGAGAUUCACAGCUCCGUGCCUUCAGCCCAGAUGAAGAGCCAAAUGAGAGAUGGAGCAAUUCAAAGCCCACUCUGACAUUUAAAAAUAAAAGUCUGUUAACCUUUCCAGUAGGCACAGUCAGCGGACAUGAUUUCUUCUGAUUAACCAACAUGGUCAAAGUCAAGAUCUCUUCUCACUGAAGCCUUAUUGUUUUGGUUUUUUUUUAACUCGGGCAUUCCCAUGAUUUCCUAUAAAGACCUCCAGCAUCCCAACCUACUUGUGUCCUCCCUCCCACAUCCACUUUCCUCCCUGAAGAUUUGGAUAAUAGUAUUGAGUACCAAGUGCCAAUGCACCUUGGUCUCAGAAGUACCAUGAGGCAUAGACACUUCACAAAUUCACCCCAGGCUGCUGGCUCAGAAUCAGUCACUGCCCUGGAGAAAGGAAAUCCUCAUCACAGCAGCUUCUAGAGGUCUGAGAAAUCCCUGGCACUGAGCAUAUCAAAUCCGUGCCGGGAGUUCUAUUCAUCACCUGCACUGGCCCUUGUCCAACAGGAUACCAUCACAUUGAACUGCCAGCAGCCAGCCAAGUGCCUUGAUAAGCAGAAGUGUUGGAGACCCCACAAGCAUACCUACUUGUGUUCCAAAGCUAGCAUUCCCCAAUGAGUUAACACCCUCCACUGGGUAGUGCAGGCCUUUGACAAGCCGAGGGAGCCAGAUGCCAGGAACGAUACAGGGCUGCUUCAAUGUGCUUUUGCCCAGCUCUGCCACCAAGAUAUCUCUGCUCCUUCCCACACUGCAAGGGGAGCACAAGCCUGAAGAGUUCUGGCACACACAGAGCUCCACAAACCUCACUGAAUGUUCGAACAGGAGCAAAGAAAGCUGCCAGCUGCUUGGCCUCAUGCAUGCAGUAGGUCAGGACAAAAAGGCACUACACCUUGGCUCCAGGAGUCACCAUAAGUACUCCAAACACAAGCGCUACCUGGGCCUUACUCCUAUAUACACUGCCAGAGUAGAGCCUUGUCCUGUGCCUUCUGCAUAACACCCCCAGGUUCAAUCACCUCCAGGAAAUCAGCUCUGGAGAAGAUCAGGAUAGAAGUCGUGGAGCCUCCCCAGUCUCGUUAGUCCUUGAA